CGUGUCUGAGAAUCCCAAGGGGAUGAAGUUUAAAAUGGCAAAAGGCAUUUACAUUUGAUAGGCGGGUGUCAUUUUCGAAGAUUUAAAUUUGAAAUGAUAUUUCCGAGGGUUUCGUUUGUGAUGAAAAAAAUGAUUUAGAAAUCGCUUUAUCGGUCUUAAAAGCGACAAGGGUAGUGAUUUUCGUUUCUCUUUACCAUCACUCUUUUCGGAGAGAAUCUGCUGGACUUUCCGAUACAUCAAUUCCAUCACAAAUGAUAAGGCUAACGACUCGCGGCAGCGAAGGAAGGAACGUCUGAAACUAAAGAGUAGACGUUGGAGAGAAAGAAAAUAUGGGAAAGGGCGAUAAGAGAGGUAUCGCGCAGCGCAGCGAUGCUGGUUCCAAUCUUGUGGGCAAGUUUACUCAAAGCGUCAGGAGAAUUGUCCAGGACGUCAAGGACGAAGGAACCUCGAGUGGACAAACGAAGGAGGAAAUCAUCGAGACUAACGAAAGGUUAAGGGCUGUAAGGAUAAGACUUGAUGGGAGUUACGAUACUGCGAAACGAGCACUGGUAGAACUUAUGUGCAAGUAUACUGACAGCAAACAAGUUCGCAAUGUUUUUCAGCGAUACAAUCUCCUAAAAAUCAUGAUCAAGGACGUAAUUAAGUUGGAGACUCAGUAUUGGAUUUUGGUAGAUAUACCGCGCCAGGAAAAGCAGGAAACGGUGCCGGCCUUCGUCCUGAGAGCUUGCACCAUUAUGGAGAAAACCCAUAAAAGCGGAGAGGGUGUGAAGACCACGGCUCGACUCGCAGAAGAAGCAGAAAGCAAAAGGGAGCGGAUCGAACGCCUUGAAGAUAUGACAAUGGCUCAAAUCGAAGCCGAAAACACCCAAAUGACCAAUGAUCUCUACAGGCUGCUGAAAAAAUACAGUGGACUUAGAAAUCUAAUCAGAGUCCUCAAGGAGGAGUAUAACAGUUCGAAGGUUUAUCCAAUGUUUCCUCGUUAUACAAUCUUGAAGGACAUGAUAAAGGAUAUUAUGCACAAUCCAGAUUAUAUGGAGGUUUGUCACGAAGUGGAUCAAGCAUAGCGGCCGGACCCUCUCCACCGUUCACCACGAAUGACUUUGUAAAUUAAUUUUCAUCAAGUGGUAGGUGAAGGGGGUGUAC